CAGUACAUCUAAUACCUCUGGUUCUGUGGAUGUAGUCACACUCGUUAGCGCUGUUGGCUGUGGUUUGGGACGUAGGCAGAAAGACAGAGGGAGGACUGUUUAUUUUAGCUUGGUUUAAAUAGAGCAGCAGGAAAUAAAGCAUUAUUAGAAAAUAAUAUUGCAUGAAAAAUAGCAGUAAAUAUUUCAUCCCUUCACCAGUUUGGACGGUGGACAAAUGAGCACAGCAUCGUAAAGGGCUUUCUGCACUAGUCGAACCAUGAAUUAUGUGGGACAGCUUGCUGGUCAGGUUUUUGUGCAGGUGAAGGAACUCUACCGAGGACUGAACCCAGCCACCCUGUCUGGCUGUAUAGAUGUCAUUGUGGUGCGUCAGCCUGAUGGUUCCCUACAGUGUUCACCCUUCCAUGUACGCUUUGGCAAGAUGGGGGUGCUGCGGUCGAGGGAAAAAGUGGUUGACAUAGAGAUUAAUGGGGAGCCAGUUAACCUACACAUGAAAUUGGGGGAGAACGGUGAAGCAUUUUUUGUCAAGGAGACUAAGAGUUACAUGGAGAUGGUGCCAUCUUAUCUUGCCACAUCUCCAAUAAAUACUGAUGGCUCAUCAUUGAUGGAAUCCCAGAUGGGAAAAAGUGUGUCUCGUCUGUCUGAGCCAUCUGGGACUUCCAUCCAAUCUUUGGGUCCCUCAGGAGAGAAUGGUAUAAAGAAGAGGAGGAAGAGGAGAAAGAAAUCCAAAUUAGACAGUGUGAAGCGAGAGGACAAUGGAAACUCAGAGGAUGAGGACAUGUUCCCCAUUGAUAUGAGUUCAGAUGAAGAUACAGCUAGCAGAUCUAUGUCAUAUGACCUCUAUGAUGAAAGGGUGAAAAGUGGUCAAUCUAAUAGUUCUUCUAUGCAGAGCAAAGAAUACUUACAAUGCAAUGAAGAUUGGGCAAGUGUACAAAGAACAAGUGAGGAACAGUCCUGUACCCUGUCUGUUCCAACAAACGGAGGUCUGUCCAUAUCUUGCCCACAACAAUCAUCAACAUUUCCUGCUAGAACCAGUAUGGAACAUGGCUUCUUGCCGUCCACACCCAAAAGUGACUCAGAGUUGCUAGUCAGUCAGAUGACAAAGGAAAAGGUGCAAAAUCCUGAGAUGCUCUGGGCCUGGGGAGAGCUCCCUCAGGCUGCAAAGCCCAAGUUCACGCAGUCUAUGACAGAGCCCAAAGUGGUGACUGCAGCAUCAAUCCCCAUGUCAGACAGCACACACUUUCGGGCUAUCAUGGGAGAUAGGGUGGUGGAAAAAGUGGGGGAAAAGUCUCCAGAACUUGGUGCUGAAGAAGCAGCAGCUCCAGCAUCUAUGGAGGUGGAGGUAAUUGGUGCAGCAGCUUGCACUAUUGCCAGUCUGGAAGAUGAACAAUAUCCUGGAUUCCAGGUUCACAGUAAAACUGACUCUCCAUCAAAAAGAAGAGACAAAAGAAGUCAUCAUCUUGGAUCUGACGGUGUGUAUUUGGAUGAUCUUACAGAGCUGGAGCCUGAGGUAGCAGCACUCUAUUUUCCUAAGAGUGAUGGCACAGGGUUAGUUAGGACUCGGACCGAAAUGAGGAGUGCCAAUCAGUCACCUCAGUCAUUGGGAAGCAGUGGCAUGGACAGCGGAGUUGACAGCUUUUCUGAUCAAUCAGGAGAGCUGCCCAAUAUUGCCAUCUCGCUGUGUGGAGGGUUGACAGAGGAUCGAGACAUCACCCGAGAGGAGUUUGAGGAAAAAUCAGUAACUUAUCAGGAGUUUGCUAAUAAUCCAUCGAUUAUUGAUGACCCUAAUCUGGUUGUAAAGAUUGGAGUCAAGUAUUACAAUUGGAGUACAGCCGCUCCUCUUGUGUUGGCUAUGCAGGCAUUCCAAAAACCAUUGCCAAAGGCUGCAUUGGAGAACAUUAUGAAGGAGAAAAUGCCUAAGAAAGGAGGACGGUGGUGGUUCUCAUGGCGGGGAAGAAACAACAGCUCUAAGUCGGAAUCUGCUGAAUUUGGGGAGCAGACAAAAAGCAGUAGGUUAAAGGAUGAAUCAUCCUCAAGUGAUGAUGACAGCAGACCUGUUAAGCAGAAUUCGACAUGUAGUCAGUCAGAGCCUCUUCCUAGCUCUAACAGUAUAUGCUACAAGAAGACUCUCCGCUUAUCCUCAGAAGAGCUGGCCAGUCUGCAAUUAAAAGAGGGCCCCAAUGAUGUGUUAUUCAGUGUGACUACUCAGUACCAGGGUACCUGUCGUUGUGAGGGCACCAUAUAUCUGUGGAACUGGGAUGAUAAGAUUGUAAUUUCAGAUAUUGAUGGCACAAUCACCAGGUCAGAUACUCUUGGACAUAUUCUGCCAACACUUGGCAAAGACUGGACCCAUCAAGGUAUUGCCCGCCUCUACCACAAAGUUAGCCAGAAUGGCUAUAAGUUCAUGUACUGCUCUGCACGAGCAAUUGGUAUGGCUGAUAUGACGAGAGGCUAUUUGCACUGGGUAAAUGAGAGAGGCACCAUGUUACCUCAGGGCCCUGUGCUGCUCAGCCCUAGCAGCCUGUUCUCUGCACUACACAGGGAGGUCAUUGAGAAAAAGCCAGAAAAGUUCAAAAUUGAGUGUCUGACCGACAUCAAGAAUCUUUUCUAUCCAAACACAGAGCCCUUCUACGCUGCUUUUGGAAACCGAGAAACAGAUGUGUUUUCUUAUAAGGAGGUUGGAGUGUCAUUGAACAGGAUCUUCACCGUGAACCCUAAAGGAGAGCUCAUUCAAGAGCAUGCUAAGACCAACAUAUCAUCAUAUGGGCGUCUGUGUGAGGUGGUUGACCACAUCUUUCCAUUGCUGAUUAGAGGCAAUAUUUCCGACUUCCCCUGCUCAGACACCUAUAGCCAGUUCACCUACUGGAGAGAGCAGCUACCCGAGCUAGAGAAGCACGAUCACAAAGUGGAAAACAGCUGAGUGAAUUGACAUGCUGAGGUUGUUCUUGACUUCUAAUUCAGUCUUCUCAUGUCUGUCCUCUCAUGCUCAGGUAACAAGCUAGCAUGUAACAUUUUGUUUAUGCUCACUCUUCUAUUGGUAUUAGCUUCUUUCAGUAGUUUCAGUUGUUUUUUUAUGUUAUUGCGGUUCUAUUUUUCUGUUAUAUCAAUCUUUCAAGUAAUGGUUAUAUUAAUCUUAAUCUGUGUUCUGUCAAAGUAUAUUGCCCAUAUUUUUGAAUGUCUGGUAAUAAUUAAGAUAAGGAUGACCUCUUCUGUCUCAACAGCAAUAAGACUGUGUUGAACAGAAUUCUAUAGCCGUAACCCUUCACAUUGGCUCUUUCUGUUUUAUAUGUAUAUAUAUCUAUAUAUACAUAUUUUAUAUACAUUUUAUAUAUAUAUAUUCUGUUUUACUUUGCCUCACCUACACUCUCUGAUCUUCUACCCAUGUCUGCUGACUGAUUUUAAUUCAUAUGCAGGAAAUGGUCUGUACAUCUUGUAAAUUUGUAAUAUUUAAAGUUCUAAAGUAACAUUUUGUACAGAUAUUAUUGCCUUGCAUAUAGAAGAUGCUGGAAGUCUAUUCUCAGGUCUCACGUCUAACACAUUUUUCUAUUUAUUUCAGUAUGUACAGUAUAUUACAAAAAUCGCAGAACUUCCAGUACAUUUGUGACACUUGUGCCUGAUUUAGACUACUCAAAACAACUAAGAAUUGUAGUCCACUUUAUAUUUGUGCAUUAAUUUGUGUCCUCUUGUUUUAUAAUAUACAAUAUAUAAAUUAUUUCUUAUGUUUCAGAAUAUGAAAUACAUAAAACAUCAAAUUGAAAAUAGUAUUUACGAGUAAUAAUCUGCAUUCCUUUGUGUGUGUCCAUAUUUUUCCCAACCCAUAACUCAAUACAUCUACAAACCUGCAAUAGGAUGGAACUCAAGGAUAAGGGCUAAAGUUUCCCUAAUUUUUUUAGUCACAUCUGGCAGUAUGGUGGCGUAGCAGAUUCGGUUGCCACCUAAUAGUUCCAGGAAUCCUGGUUUAAUCCUCAGGGUACAGUCUGCAUGUAUUUUCUGUCCAUGUACUUUCUCUGUGUUCAUGUAGGCUUACUCUUGAGUUUCCUCCCAACUCAAUGUGUAUGAUUUGGUGCCUUGCAUUGAAUAGGUGUCCCAUUUAGGGUGCUCUGAAUCCACUCUCAUCAGGAUAAAAAUAAUGAAUACAAUUAUUAAUUAUUAAAUAAAAUAAUAAGAUUAUGAUUAUGCUGAGCUGACAAAUCUACUCUAGUAUUAUUCUAGCAUUAGCAUUAGAGAAAUUAGUGCGAUCCCAGAGACGUGUGGUUCAAACACAUGACUGUUUUAAAGGCGUUAAAUAGUAAAAUAUUGUUUAUGCUGGUUAACUAAAGAAAAAAUGUUUUUGUGUGGUAAGUAAUGUCUCAGAAAGUGUGCUGCUCUAAUACUUUUUAAUCUAGUGUACAUGGAAUUAUGAUUUCUGUUGUUGUGGUUGUCAUACCUACUGUAAGUUUAAAUGAAGAAAAAGUUGAAAUGAAUUUUCCUCCCAAACAAAAAGUCUACAAUUAAUGUUUGUGCUAUUUUGUUUUGUGAUGAGAAAAGAACCGAAUUGAAUCUGUGGUGUUGCACAAUGAAGUUGCACAGAUUUUGAGUGGCAAAUACUUUAAAUUUAGUCAUAAAAUUAAACAUAUUCUUUUUAUCCUGUUGAUAGUAGACCACAAUAAUUUUUUGACCAGCUACCUUUUACUUUUGUUUACACAAGAUUUAGAUUACAUGCCCUUAAAUUACGAUUGGACUCUGGCAUCUAAUAUAAAACUGUAUUCGAUUUAUAUCUUCAAUUUUAUAUUCUUUCUGUGAAAGAUCACAAAGUUGUGGCUAGUGGGUUUCUGCUUGGAUUUAUUAUAAUAAAAAUGGUAAAUCGUGUUAAACAUGCAACAGUAAAUAUGGAUCUGCAUAUUAAAAUAUAAUUGUUACACAAA